UGCUCCCCGUCCCGAAGAUGGUGUCCGGCUCAUCGUAACGCCGGAUAAACAGGAGCAUAUGAGUGAUAAACACAAUGCCACAGCGACGUGAGACAAUAGAUAGUGUUUGAAUGAAUCGCGUGGCUCUGGAGGCGAAGAGGAUGCCUCUCCUCAGAGCCGACGGAGGCUCCUACACGGACAACCUCAUUGGAACAUUGCUUGCUAUUUUUGGGAAUGUGCUUAUCAGCAUCUCCUUAAGCAUUCAGAAAUACAGCCAUGUGAAGUUAGCGGGAACCAAGGACCUGCGCGCGUUCUACCGCACCAAGUCCUGGUGGAGUGGGUUCGUCCUGCUGUGUCUCGGGGAAGGAGCCAACUUUGUUUCCUACGCCUUCGCCCCCCUCGCUCUCGUCGCCACUCUAAACGCCGUGUCCAUCCUGACCAGCUCGAUUCUGGGUCUCAUUUUUCUGCGAGAGAAAUUGAAGCCGCGGGACUUUGCGAAGCGCUAUGGGCUGUCCUUCCUGGGCUAUUUUCUCACCUUAGGUGGAACAUACCUCUUUGUAGCAUUUGGACCAAACUCUCAUGAAAAACUCAAAGCAGAGAACAUCGUGGCACACCUGAUAGGAUGGCCGGUUCUCUUGUAUAUGCUCCUGGAGAUCAUCACGUUCUGCCUGCUCUUAUACUUCUACAAGCAGCGCCACGCUAACUACCUCAUUGUUAUUCUGAUGCUGGCCGCGCUGCUGAGCUCAGCCACAGUCAUCACGGUGAAGGCGGUGUCGGGCAUGCUGGUUCUCACCAUCGAGGGCGCCAUGCAGCUCGACUACCCCAUCUUCAGCAUCAUGUUCGUCUCCAUGGUGGCUUCGGUGAUCUUCCAGGCCAAAUUUCUCUCCCAAGCUUGUAAGGUGUAUGACCCCUCUCAGAUUGCCGGUCUCAACUACAUCCUCUCCACCGUCUUCGCCGUAGUUGCUGGCGCUGUGUAUUACGUAGAGUUCAAGAACGAGGACGUUCUUCACAUCUCAAUGUUUUUGUUGGGAUCUGCUUUCUCUUUCCUCGGGGUCUUUAUCAUCACCAAGAACAGGAAAAGGAUCAAGACCUUUGAGCCCUAUGUCACGAUGGAUAUGGUUACUGGUAUCCCGACUAUUCAUGACGAGGGCCUUUUCGUUCAGCCGGAGAUCAAUGGGGCUUUCUCCUACGGGGCUCUGGUCAACAACGAUGGCGUGGCCCCCGCGGCGCUCGCCGUCAACCGGAAACGACCACCGGCGGACUCGAUGUCCACUGAACCAUCUUCUGGCCCCCCUGACCUGAAAGAAGAUUAAAGUAUUUUGAUUGGGGGUUCUUUCUCCUCUUUUUAACUAUAAACGAUAUUCAAGGACCUUGAAAGAUCAAGAUAAGUUCAGUUCUUUUCACAAUUACACAACCUCCAGCUCUGAAGGGGGGAGUCUGCUGGGAGUUUAACUUUUUCCGUACACUCCUCUCCACCUGCUUUCCUUUUGGAUAUCUCUGAACCGAAACGUGACCUUGAGAAGCGUUGCAUUAUUUGAGAAGAUGUCAGCUGUAUUUAAAUGAACGGAAGAAACCGGAAGCUGCUGGACGUUGUCGUGGAUUCACGAUGAGACGACGGCGGAGAUGGCGUUGUGCCUUGGAGCUUCCCCUACUUCUCACUUCCAUGACUGUUAAGCAAUUAAGUGCUCAUUAAUAAGUGUUUGAAGCGAUCUGUUCUUCCAUUGAGGAUGAUGAAGAUACUCCUCCAAAGAUAUACAAUGUUGUUCCAGACUUGCCAAGGAGCAUUGUGACUUUAAAUAUCUGCCUCGGACUCUCUCUGAAACGAGUGGUUUUCACUCCAUAAUGUUGCCUCUUGUUCUCUGAAUUGCAUUGUUUCGAUAUUUUUCCCGACGGGACCAAAAGUGGAUGCACAUUUUCUAAUUUAUUGUCAUGUAUUUAUUAAUGUUCAUGUUAGCUUUUAGUGUGCCUUUAAAAAAAUCUCUACCCCGGAUUAAUUACUGUAAGAGGGCACAUGACCCAGGUAGGUGAGUGAAGCAUCACUGUAGCAGUUAUGAAACAAAAGCAAUUGUAAUAUGUCAAUACCUAUUGGAAUAACAAUGUAAAACCUUUGAAAAGAGAGGUGAUAAUAACACUUUGACUCAAACAGAGGGAAGCAUCUUGUAUUAACUGAUAAAGAUGAGAUGUUCACUGUACUCAAACAUGUCAACAUUUAGUUUGGGCCAAAAUUGUGUUUGUCACCUUUUAAGCUGACGUAAUACAGCCAUGGUACCGGUUUUAUAAUCACAUUUGAUAAAAUACUCCAGAAGGAAUGAAUGGAUGCAGACAUUGAUUCAUUCAUUUCUGCAGUGUUAAAGCAGUCGUUUUUUUUGUGUCAGUAUUCAAUAGUUAUUUUCAUUAUAUCCCCUGUGGUUGUGUGUGUGUGUACAUGCCCCUCACCGUGUGAACCAACUGAAGCCUAUACUGUUAAUAAAACUGCCAACUAAUGAUG